AUGGGCGGGAAAUGGGGCGCGAUCUCGAAGCUGCACGCGUUCCCCAAAGCCGAGGACCACCUCACGCAGAAGACGCUCUCGGGCGCGAUCGUGACGCUGCUGGGCGUGGCGAUCAUGGUGGUGCUGUUUGCUCACGAGCUCUCUUUUGUGUUCACGCCUGAGGUGCAUGAGGAGAUGGCAGUGGACAAGACGCCAAGGGAUGAGAAGCUAGAUGUGUAUCUCAACAUCUCCUUUCCCUCCCUGCCCUGCAAUGUGAUCAGUCUCGAUGCGCUGGACAUGUCGGGCAACCAUGAGGUGGACAUCGCAACCAACAUGUACAAGAUUCGUCUGGAUCGCCAUGGUCAGUUGGCCGACUCGCGCUGGCUCAAGGACCCCACGGGGGCGUGGCGGCAGAGCAAGAGCAAGAAGCGCAAAGGCCACUCGCACGGUAAAUCCCCCACGCCCCACCAUGGGCACGGGCACGCGCAUGGGUACGGGCAGGCACACGCGGCAGGGGGACAGAAGGGGAAGGCGGGCGAGGAGGAGGGUGAAGAGGAGGAGGAGGAGGGGGACGAGGUGGUGGGGCUGGAGCAGAUGGUGCUGGACGUACAGAAGGCCAUGGCAGCAGGGGAGGGGUGCCAGGUGCGUGUGGGGGUGGGCAUGUUUGUGGGGCGGGGUGGGCGGGGGAAGGCAGUAGAGGUUGUAGAUGGUGGGGGAGGCAGUGGCUGGGGGAAGGGAGGGCUGGAGCAGACGGUGUUGGAUGUGCAGCAAGCCAUGGCCGUCGGGGAGGGCUGCCAGGGGGGAGAGGGGGUGGGAGGGGGGAUGGGAGGGGUGGGAAGGGCAACAAGCACCACAACAUUGCCGCCAGCUCUCGUCUCUGUGCCUCCCACCUUUGACCCCUCUCCAAUUCCGUCCCCUUUUCUGCUCCCCCCAUUCACCAUUUUCCCUUCCCCUCAACCCCCCCCCCUGUACGGCCAUCUGUCAGUGGAGAGAGAGAGUGGCGGGCAACUUACGUCCCCCCCCCCCUUGCCUUUCCCUUCACUCCCUCCUCCCUGCUACUUUCCCUUCCCUGUCACCCCAGCUGUCUUCUCAUCAGUGGGCGAUGUGAACAUGUCUCACAUCAUCCACUCCCUCGGUUUCGAAGUGCUUUAUUUUCCCUUUUCCUUCCAUUCAACCUCCCCACUCCCUCCCCUCUCCCAGGUCGUCUCGUCAGUGGAUGAUGUGAACAUGUCUCACAUCAUCCACUACCUCGGUUCUCAAUGCUUUCCUCUUCGUUACCUUUCCCGAAUCCCGACUGCCUCACAACCACCUUCCUUCCCUUCGUCCCCCACUCUCAUCGCCUUCCCCCACCAGGUCUUCUCAUCAGUGGGCGAUGUGAACGUGUCGCACGUCAUCCACUCACUCGGUUUCGGAGUGCCCUAUCCUGGGCGGCUCAACCCUCUGGACGGAUUUGUCCGCAUCCUGCCGCCCCUCAAGGAAGGGGAGGACCCUGCCCGCUCCAGUGGUACCUUUAAGUACUUCCUCAAGGUGGUGCCCACGCGCUUACGCUUCUGGCACGGGGGGACUGUGAAGACAAACCAGUACUCCAUCAGUGAAUACUUCACUCCCUCCUCUCCGCAGUCCAACGCCCUGCCAGCGGUCUACUUCCUGUACGACCUCUCGCCCAUAGCAGUGAGCAUCACCGAGUCGCACCGCAGCUUCUUCCACUUCCUCACGCGCCUCUGCGCCGUGCUGGGCGGCACUUUCGCCCUCACAGGCAUGCUGGAUCGCUGGGUGUACAGUCUGUUGCAGCUCUUCAACCGCCCUCGCCAUGCCUAUGGGAAAGCUACUCGCCUGCACUAG